CCGCCGCAGCUGGGGAGGGAGGAGGCCGUCACGUGGUGGGGGAGGAAAACCCGGCAGCCUGGGGAGGGCAGCAGCAGAGCGCGAGGAGGUGACACGGCAGGCAGCGGGAGGAGCUGGCGCGCUGAGGUUGGCAGUUUCCCUGGGCUCCUCCUGGCGGGUUACAACGGCGCGGGGAAGCAAACGCACCGAGGCGGCGAGCUGGGCGCUGGGCUGCCUCCUCUGCAGCUGAAGGCUCAGAUCAGCCUCUCUCCGGGGGGAGACUUUGCAUCAGUUUAACCGCACGUCCGGUGCAGGCGGGGGGCGCUGCCUGGAGACGGGGGGUGACUAGCUGGGGGAGAGGAGUCCUUUCCAGCCAUGUCCAGGCUGGGCGGCGGGGCGAUGCAGACGGGACCUUGGCUCCGUACCCUACCGUGAAGGCUCCUAUGGGGGAUUUCCCGUCUGCUGGGAGGCGCAGCCCCGUGGCCAGGUGGCCCCGGCCCCGAUGGAGCCGGAGGAGAGGAAGAUCUCGGUGUGGCUCUGCCAGGAGGAGAAGUUGAUCUCAGGCCUCUCCAGACGCACCACUUGCUCGGAUGUGGUGCGGGUGCUGCUGGAGGACAACAGCCAGCGGCAGCAGCUGGCCGCCCUGCAGGAGUCCGGCGGGGGGAUGCUCUCGGGGCCCCCCGAGUCCUACUGCAUCGUGGAGAAGUGGAGGGGCUUCGAGAGGAUCCUGCCCAACAAGACGAAGAUCCUGAGGCUCUGGGCUGCCUGGGGGGACGAGCAGGAGAACGUCCGCUUCGUGCUGGUCCGCAGCGAGGCGUCCCUGCCCAACACGGGGCCCCGCAGCGCGGAGGCCAGGGUGGUGCUGAGCAAGGAGCGCCCCUGCCAUGGCCUCGGGGCGGCCCGGGCCAGCCUGGUGCUCACGCAGGAGAAGCAGCGGCGGGUAGUGAGAAAAGCCUUCCGGAAACUGGCCAAGAUCAACAAGAAGCGGCAGCAGCCGCUGGCCAAGGAGGCGUCCUCGGCGGAGAGGAUGGAGACCCUGGUGCACCUGGUGCUGUCGCAGGACCACACCAUCCGCCAGCAGAUCCAGCGGCUCCGGGAGUUGGACCGGGAGAUCGACAGGUACGAGGCUAAGGUCCACCUGGACCGCAUGAAGCGGCACGGGGUGAACUACGUGCAGGACACUUACUUGGUGGGGGCCGGCAGCUGCGAGCUGGAGCCGGGCCGGGAGCUGGGGCCGGGACCGGAGCCGGAGCCGGAGCCGGGCCCGGACGGGCAGCUGGAGGAGUACGCCAGGAAGUGCGAGGAGGUGCUGCAGCUGCAGGAGCAGUGGACGCGGCAGGAGGAGCUGCUGGAGCACCUGGCCGGCGAGAUCCAGGAGGAGCUGAACGAGCGCUGGAUGAAGCGGCGCCGGGAGGAGCUGGCCGCGGCCAAGGGCUCCAGCUCCAGCCUGUCCGAGCCCGACUGCAACACCACGGAGCUGAGCGGCGGCGCCGGCGGCGAGCUCCUUGUGGAGCAGGAGCGCGUGAAGACCCAGCUGAGCACCAGCCUCUACAUCGGGCUCCGGCUGAGCACGGACUUGGAGGCGAUCAAAACGGACCUGGAUUACACGCAGCGCGCCCGCGAGGACAAGGAGCGGGAGCUGCAGCGCCUGCUCGAGACGCUGAACACGCUGGACUUCGCGGACACCCAGGCGGCAGCUCAGAUCCUCCUCCCGGUGGAGCGCGCUCCCGGCGGCCCGGCCUUACACGAGGCUGGGCUGGGGGCUCCCGUGGGCAGCUCAGACGUCUGGGAGGGCCAGGCCAGGGGGCGGUGCAAGGACUGCGAGGAGAACGAUGAGGACUCGGAUACAGGACUGAGCUCCAUGCACAGCCAGGACUCUGACUCUGUCCCAGUCUGUGAAUCGCUAAUAUAGCUGCCUCCUUCCUUAAGUAAAAUAAGCUCAGGGACCCACCGGGAAAUACAAACUUGUGCUUCCUCCUUAGCACUCUUAGAAUACAACUCUCUGUUUUCACAUCAGCCAGAAGAGAGCCUAGAGUGGACUCCUGUGAUAUAUUUCCAUUAGAACAAAAACGUGUGGGUUUUUUGUUGUUGUUGUUGGUCUGUCCUUUUGGGGGGAGGAGGGGGACCACUUUAAAAUCCAGAUGCCCGUUAGUGCCAUCUUAUGGUAAUUUAUUCAAACUGAUGACCAGUUAUCUGGGGAUAACAUAAGCUAAUGGUAAACUACACAGUUGAAGAAUUAAACGGAUUAAACCAUACAAUUUUGAUUCUACAGACAGACUAUAACUACAUUUUGCUGCCUAGCGACUGUUGGAAAAGAGGUUUGUUGUCCUAGGUACUGUAAGGAAAGAGUUGGAUGGGGGGGGCGGGGGGGGGAGAACUUACACUGUAAAAUGCACUCAUAAAAAGGAAAUACACCGAAUCUAAAUUGUGGCUUAAGUUUAAACUUGUUAAAACUAGUCAUCACCAGACACAUUUUAGUCUGUCUCCUCACUACUUUCAUCUUUUAGAAAAAAACACAAUGUUUGCAUUUCAUUCAGUAUUGGAAUUACCUGUUUCCUAAAUUCCUGCCUUUUAUUUCACCUCAAAGGUGUUCUUGAAUGGAACCCUUAAUCCUAUAUUGCUCCAAAGCAAAUACAGUCCAGUAUAGAUUUUUUUUUGCAUAGUCUUUUUGAUGGAAUACUGGAACAUAUAUUCUCUAGUUGAAACAAAAAUUCAGCACCUUUAUAUUUCCUCAGUGUUGCAAGCCAACUGUUAUGUACAGUAUUUGCCACUUAAGAAUUCAGCAGGUUCCUCUUAGACAAAAAUAAAAAAAAAUGUUGAAAGUACAGAACUUUCAGAACUGGGUGAUUGAAAAAUUAGUAAACAGGACAUCUGUCAAUAUGUUUGACAUGGAUGCCAGUUUGUUCUAAUCUAUAAACUUUUGAAAUAUAUUGUACUAUUUUUUUGCCAUAAAAAGUGAUAAUAAAUAAUUAAGCUAAGAACUGAACAAACUAAACAAAUAUAAAUUAGCAUGCAGUAUCAGCACUCAGCUGUGGAUGAUGCAUGUUCCCAUGCAUAGAUAAUAGCACGUUUGUUGACAGAUAAUUUAAGAGAAGUUGUAAAUAUCAAUGUUCACUAGAUUAAUUUAAAACAGUAAUUAACACAGCCCUGUCUCUUCAAAUAUAUUUUCUUUAUCAGGUUAGUUGAUGGUCUGCUGAGUUUAGUAAUGGAUAAAAAGUACUGCAUCAGCUUAAACUACCAUUUCUAAUAUGUAGUUCAAUUCAGGCUAGCUCAGAAUCUGGAGAUCUGAUGUCCAAGGUAUAACUCAGCUUGCUACAGUACAGCUGGAUGAAAUAAUUUAAUCUGUUAUUCCAG